UCAGUCACCAAAACCCGCAACUUUUAUGUAGCAGAUGCAGAUGGCGGACAGGCCAACAAAAUCGAAAUGGAGAGAGUCGGAGGAGCAGUCGGCGGCGGCGCCGCCGCCUCGGGAGGUGUCAAGCAACUGGAAGACUGCUCUGUUUCCAAUGCUCUUGGUACUUGGGUGUUCUCGGUACUCGGGGCUCUGAUCGCCAUUCCUGUGGGGAUACGCAAGAAGUCAUUGGCGCCGUUGGUCUUCUUCGGCACCACCGGAACUAUGCUCGACAUUAUUAUGGGAAUCAGCCAAUGCGAAAGAGAACACGCCGAACGCCAGAUGAAGCUCUUGGAAGAGCAGAAUCUUGAGGCAAAUGCUUCGACGGAGACCGAGAACUAAGUUGGAUCUUUUCGAUCUGAAGUGCUGUAAUUUUCUUUUGUACUCAUUCUACCUAUCAUGCUUGAAUUUAAGUUGUGCACAAAUUUCAGACUCAGCUGGGCUGAUGUGGGAACUGGGAAGCAUGCGGAAUCUUUAACCAUCAUGUAAUGCGUGUUAAGUAUUCUGGUUAGGUUCUUAUGCUUAAAAUAAUGCUGCCAUACGCUAAGCUGCUGUAAACUCCUUUUCUUUCAUUUUCCAUCAUGGAAAUGACCUUUCCUUGCAAGUUUCUCGUCCCAUCUGGUGAUGAUGCAAUUAGUAAUGUAAACUUCAGAUUGCAAAGCUCA